AUUUUAGUCCUUCUCCGAAGUGGCUUCUUCUUCUCAACUUCUGGUCUUCUACUUCGGAGCUAUGGCGAGGACUUGGCUGAUGAACAGCCGAGGAAUCGCAAACAAAGUCAAAAACUGUGCUUCUCCUAUCCAAGAUUGUGAGGCGAGUCGGGAAUGCCCAAAGUGCCGUUAUGUUAUCAGCAACGAAGAUGUUUCACCAAAGUGGCCUGGCUUUCCGACUGGGGUGAAGUUUGAUCCACAUGAUGCUGAACUCAUAGAGCAUUUAGCUGCGAAAAUUGGUGUUGGCGACUCAAAACCUCACAUGUUCAUACAUGAGUUCAUCCCAACUCUUGAUUCAGACUCCGGCAUUUGCUACACUCAUCCUGAAAACCUUCCUGGUGCUAAGAAAGAUGGAAGUAGCUUCCAUUUAUUUCAUAAAAUAUCUAAUGCUUAUGCAACCGGUCAGCGGAAGCGUCGCAAGAUUGACAAUGAACAGGGCUUGGCUGCACAGGUUGUUCGUUGGCACAAGACCGGCAAGACCAAGGCCAUAAGAACUGGAGUUCAUCCAGGCUGGAAGAAGAUCAUGGUGCUUUAUAAAAGUUCAAACAAAAGAUCCAAAGAAGAUAAGACUGACUGGGUGAUGCAUCAGUAUCAUUUGGGAAGUACGGAAGAUGAGAAAGAAGGUGAAUACGUGGUGUCUAAGAUAUUCUACCAACAACCUAAGGAGACCAACAAGAAUGAUCAGAAUUUGGUCAUUGAAAAAUCUGAAAGCUACACUCUUCAAGGUUCUCCUCUAACCCCCAUAACAUGUCCUCCAACUACUCCUGCACCACAGGAAUCCAGUUGGCGUGACGCUGAUCCUGACGAAUAUAUGCACAAAUCUCCUGACAAGGUAGCAGAUUAUGUCCCAGAAGUCUCUCAGUAUGCCCAACUUAGGAAGUUCGAGGACACUGUGUCUUAUGUUCCUCAACUUGAUAGUCAGUAUGAUGACAAUAUUGGGCAACCUAUUUGUUUGGCAGGCGAAUCUCAAGUUGAUGAAUACUACAGUAUACAUUGUGUGGAUGACGCCUUGUUAUGCAAGGAGACAUUUAAUUCUUCCACUACUAUAAAUGAUGGUCCAGUUCCAAAUCCCAUGUUAAACACUGACAGUGCUAAUAAUAUCGGGGUGACUGGAAACAGAAACACACCAUUGGGAAUUAGUGACCUUGAGAACCUAGAGUUUGAUAGUCAACCAGAUUUCCAGCUAACUGGUUUACAGUAUUGUUCCCAAGAGGAUUCACUUGAUUGGGUUGACUGGCUUCAAUGAGCUUCGGGGAAUGAAACUGAAUUCCCAAAUUUUGUGCAAACGGUGGUAAACAUACAAGCUCGGUAGGCCUCAAGGCAGGUGACCAUGAAGCUACAGUAAGAAUUUGUAAGCUGUCUACUGCUGAGAUCAGAUUGAUCAACCUCAAUUGGCUAAUGAGUGUAUUAACUAAUUUGACCAUUAAGUUUAGUUGUUUGUAUCAAGCUGUUUUUGCAAAUGAUGUAUAUACGCUUUGCUAAUAUGGCAGUAAAAAGCAUCCCAUAGGAUUUUGGGGUACUAAAAAACCAUUGUGGCAACCAUUACAUCAUUGGCAAUAGCAGAUAUGUGCCAUAUAAGUAUUGUAUUAAAUUUGUAUCCAUAUUUAUCUUGAAACAA